AUGUGCAAGGGCACGGAGCCUGGCCAGGAGCGCAGCUGCAGCACCAACUGGAGCAUCAAGUCCGGCAUGAUCACCUGGGUGGAGCUGACGCGGGCCGGCAAGUACCCCGUGACAGAGCGCUGCCUGCCCUACAAUCCCACCAGCCGGGCGCGCUGCUCCUACGACUGCCAGGACGUGGACCCCCGCCUGAAGCUGGGCAAGUUCUACUGGCAGCGCCUGCAAGACCCAAGCGAGAUGCAGGACCAUAUUCGCCAGUUUGGCUCGGUUGUGACCCGCAAGGAGGAGUGGACCGAUAUGAAGUCAUUCUUCAAGAACAAUUCUAUGGGCGUCUACUCGGGCCCAUGCAAGGGUGCAAAUGUGGAGCUGCACCACGCAGUACAGGUGGUGGGCUACAACCUGGAAGACCAGUUUUGGAUCAUCAAGAACUCUUGGGGCACCUCAUUUGCGGAGGGCGGCUUCUUCAGGGUGGCCUUCAACAGCAAGGUCGGCGCGGGCAACCCUGAUGACACCUACGGCCUCAAGUUUGUGCUCAACAAGCUCCCCACUCUGCCAAAGCAGCGCCUGAGCCCCUCCAAGGCCCGCCCCGGCUGCUGGGAGUACCGCGCCCGGCCCUCGGACUUUGUCUCCAGGGUGGCGGACACCUUUGGACUGUCUAUCCAGCAGGUGCUGCAGGACAACAUCGGGCGCAUCCCGGAGCCCGACAUGUUCCUGUCAGACCGCACCAUCCUGCUCUGCGGCAUCGACGGCAACGGGCAGCAGGGCGGCGGCGCCGAUCUCCGUGCCGCCACGACGCCGACGCCUUGGCUUCCUUUGAGCAUCUCUACGCCUCUCAAUGCUGGGGGUUACUCCACUCCGGCCCUGGCGCCCGCCCCUUCUCGGCGCCGGCUCGCUGGGCCUGAUGCAAGGGUGGCAAUGGCGCAGCAGCUGGACGCGCUGAUGGCCAUCAAGGCUUCAAUUGACGCGCAGGGCUCCCUCACAUGGACCCGUGAGACCGGCGCCAACGGCGGCUACUGCAAGUGGGACGAAAUCGAGUGUGAUGACUCCGGCAACGUCAUCAUUCUAGCGCCAGGCGGCUUGUUGGGCGGCACGCUGCCGCCAGUUGACGCGCUGCAAAAGCUUCCCCGUCUUGCCAACUUGGUAUUGCGCGAGAAUGGGCUCAAGGGCACUCUGCCUGUAGAGUACCGAGGCUUAGUGAACCUUGCUGCAUUUGGUUGUGACGGCAACAGCCUGACCGGAACCCUGCCACCUGACCUGGGUGGUCUGGAAGUGUUUGACAUGGGCUUCAACCCGCGGCUGAGCGGCACUUUGCCCCCAGAAUGGAGUGGCAUGAAGAGCCUGCAGCUGUUGUUCAUCCCAGAAUGCUCGCUCAAUGGGCCCCUGCCAAAAUCGUGGGCCGCGCUGACCGAUCUGCACAACAUUACCCUUUACAACAACCUGCGUCUGAGCGGCACCUUGCCUUCAGAGUGGGCAGCUUUGAAGAAGCUGACCAUGGUCGAUACUUCCAACUGUUCCCUCAGUGGCCCCCUGCCCAAGACUUGGGGCGGCCUUGUUGACCUCGACUAUCUUUCAGUUGCAUUCAAUGCAAAGGUCAGCGGCCCCUUGCCUGCGGAAUGGAGCGCCAUGAAGAGCCUUGAACGUUUUGACGGGCAGGCAUGCGCGCUCAGCGGGCCCUUGCCAAAAAGCUGGGCCGCGCUGACCAACUUGCAACAGCUCCGCCUCUACAACAACCAGGGCUUGAGCGGCACCUUGGCCCCCGAGUGGGCAGCUUUGACCAAGCUGGAGUGGCUUGAUGUCACAAACAAUUCCCUGAGUGGCCCCGUGCCACCCAGUUGGGGCUCUGGCAUGAAGCGCCUGAAGAUCCUUGAGCUUUACGACAACAAGCGCCUGAGCGGGUGCCUGCCGUCUGCACUCAACAAGAGGCUGCGUUUGGCAGACACUUGGCCAGAGGGCUCGCUGCUUUCUCAGACAUGGGACCGCACCGAAAUUACUGGAUUCUGCUGA